UCAAUUUAUUUGUGUGUAUAUUUCAGAUUAGUAAUUAAUUUGUAUGGGUGUAUAUUUCAGAGUUAUCAAUUGGUAUAUUUAUCAAUUUGUAUAUGUGUAUAUUUCAGAUUAGUUAUCAAUUUGUAUAUGUGUAUAUUUCAGAUUAGUUAUCAAUUUGUAUUGGUGUAUAUUUCAGAUCAGUUGUCAAUUUAUAUUUGUAUAUAUAUCAAAUUAGUUAGCAAUUUGUAUUUGUAUAUAUUUCAGAUUAGUUUUUAA